AUGAUGGAUCUUAUCACAAUACUCAAGAACUUUCGUGGUGCUGAAGCUGGUGUGGAUGCAAAACACGCCAGAUGGUACAUUGUCGCUGCUGCGGCAAUGGCUGCGGCCAGCGCAGGACCGGACGUUCCUAAGCUGUACGAACUGGCCAUCGAGGGUUUGCCGAUUGAAGAAAAGAAGCUAGUUCAGCGGCGCCUAAAAGAAGCAAUUCUCAAGACGAGCUGCCUAUAUGGCGUACCUCGUUCGCUUCAGGCUUUACUACCUCUUUUUGCUAGCAUUCCAGAUAAUGAAAUUGAUCAUUAUGGGCCGCGGUUCGUUUUAUGA